AGCAUGCCGGACUACCAUCCCGGCCAUGGGCAUCGUGUGGGAAGUGAUCCGAGAGAUCGUUUCAAGUUUCUGCGACCUGAUGAUAGGCCGGACAGAACCCGAAGUGGCCCACUUGUUUUCGAAGAUCGACUGGCUGAACCCUCUGGAUCCACUCAAGAUGUGCUGACAGUGUAUAACAAUCCUUAUGCUUCCUUGAAUAUGAAACAGCAGCGAGCCCGUCUUCCCAUUUACAAGAAUCGCGAUCAUGUCCUGUAUCUGUGCGAAAAGUAUCGAACGGUCAUCAUAAUCGGUGAAACAGGAUGUGGAAAAAGUACGCAGGUACCUCAGUAUCUUAUGGAGGCUGGGUGGGCUAACGAUGGACGAAUGAUUGCUAUAACGCAGCCACGAAGAGUAGCUGUGGUUACGCUGGCGACUCGCGUCGCAGAAGAGAAAGAAACGAUACUUGGGCAAGAUGUCGGGUAUACCGUUCGGUUUGAUGACGUUACAGAUGAUCGUACCAAAAUCAAGUUCAUGACAGAUGGAAUUCUUCUGAGGGAGCUGCUAACAGAUCCUCUGCUAUCAAAGUACAGUGUGAUUAUGAUAGACGAAGCACACGAGAGGACGUGUAAUUCUGAUAUCUUAUUAGGACUCCUUCGGAAAGUGUUGAUAGUACGAUCCGAUCUUCGAAUUAUUGUAUCCUCAGCGACGCUGGAUGCUGAGCUAUUUCGGGAUUUUUUCGAGUUGAAUGACAGCGACGACCAUAGCCGCGAUACAGCGUGUAUCAUGUCAGUGGAAGGACGAACACAUCCUGUCGCCAUUUACCACACAAAAACAGCAGUCCCAGACUACAUCAAGGCUACCGUAGAGACAGUGCUGGACAUUCACAAAAAGGAGAUUCCUGGCGAUGUUUUGGUAUUUAUGACUGGCCAGGACGAGGUAAUACAGGUUUGCGAGAUGCUGUCGGAUGGUGUUGAACGUCUACGAAAUGUGGACAAGUUAUGGAUUGUGCCUUGUUAUGGUGCAUUGUCGCCAAGAGAACAGUUAAAAGCGUUCGACUCUACACCACAUGGCACUAGGAAGGUGGUGGUUGCAACGAAUAUAGCCGAAGCAUCCGUCACUAUUCCCGGAAUAGCUUACGUUGUUGAUUGCGGAUUUGUGAAGCUGCGUGCUAUGAAUCCUGAUAAUGGAAUAGAAACUCUGAUGCGGUUGCCGAUCUCGAAAUCAUCUGCAGAACAAAGAGCCGGACGUGCGGGUCGAAUUCGACCAGGCAAAGCCUACAGAUUAUAUCCUGAAUCUCAGUUUGAGAAAUUGAGCGACGGAACGAUACCCGAAAUUCAGCGUUGCCAUUUAGCACCCAUCGUUUUACAGCUCAAAGCUCUUGGAAUACAGAACGUACACAAGUUUCACUACCUUUCGAGACCGCCAUCAUGGUCUAUGAUCAACGCUCUCGAGCUACUCUACGCGCUGGGUGCCUUGGAUGAAAAAUCUAUGCUCACUAACCCGUUGGGACUCCGCAUGUCUGAGUUUCCUCUACCGCCAAUGCACAGCAAAUGUCUUCUGACAUCAGGUGAUUUUGGAUGCAGCGAAGAGAUUGCGUCCAUCAUCGCCAUGCUGCAAGUUCAAGAUGUGUUUGUACCACCAAUUCGAAAUCGACAGCGAGCUGAGGAGAUUAAGCGACGAUUUGCUGCCGAAGAGGGAGACCACAUAGCAUAUCUUAAUGUUUACACGAUGUUCGUGCAGAAUAAUCGAAGCCGUAAAUGGUGUGGUGACCAUUUUCUCAACUAUCGAGGUCUUUGUCGUGCUGAUAAUGUGCGGCAACAGUUAGUAAGAUUGCUGAGGAGAUUUGGCGUUCCUCUGGUAACAACAAGAGGAGAACCGGGUGGAGCUACAAAAAUUAUUAGAUGCCUUGUAUCCGGUUUCUUUUCUCAAGCAGCAAGGUAUCAUUAUACUGGAAAGUAUGUCACUGUAAAGGAAGAGUUUCCAUUCAAUGUAUACAAAGGGUCUGUGAUAAUGUACAAAAAGGAUUAUCCAAAGUGGGUCAUUUUCACGGAAGCUAUGCAAGACUCCAUCAGAGAUAUCUCGGUAAUUGAACCGCAUUGGCUAUACGAAUUGGCACCUCAUUACUACGAAUUUGGGACUGAUAACGAAGUGGCACGGAAACGAGCAAGAGAAAGUUGAUCUGUAUAGGUAUCUGUCUAUAAUGUCAUGAUGAAAAUUCGAUGUACAAAUCUCAAAAUAAAAUUUAUCAUUCCUUGAAA